AUGGCCGACUCAACCCCCGCGUCCGACGUGCCCCGCUACCUGACCGGCGACAAGGCCGGUCUCCGCGAGUUCUUGGCCAAAUACGACGUGUUCUUGUUUGAUUGCGAUGGCGUGCUUUGGUCUGGUGACCACUGUUUCCCGGGUACAGUCGAGACUUUGGAACUUCUCCGCAAGAAUGGUAAACAAGUGGUUUUCGUGACAAACAACAGCACCAAGUCUCGCGCAGACUACUGCAAGAAGCUUGAGAGUCUCGGCAUUCCGAGUACAGUGGAAGAGGUCUUUUCCUCCUCAUACAGCUCCUCGAUUUACAUUUCCCGCAUUCUCCAGCUCCCCGAAAACAAGCGCAAGGUCUUUGUGAUCGGUGAGACCGGUAUCGAGCAAGAAUUACGCUCCGAGAAUGUCCCCUUCAUCGGCGGCACAGACCCGGCCUACCGUCGCGAUGUCAAGCCCGAAGACUACAAGCUGAUUGCGGCUGGCGAUACCUCCCUGCUGGACCCCGAGGUCGGAGUUGUGCUCGUUGGUCUGGACUUCCACCUCAACUACCUCAAGCUGGCGCUGGCGUUCCACUACGUCAAGCGCGGCGCCGUCUUCCUUGCUACCAACAUCGAUUCCACAUUGCCCAACUCCGGCUCUCUUUUCCCCGGUGCCGGAUCGAUGAGUGCGCCGUUGAUUAUGAUGCUGGGUCAGGAGCCUACAGCGCUGGGUAAACCUGCUCAGGCUAUGAUGGAUGCCAUUGAGGGCAAGUUCAAGUUUGAUCGGGUUCGCGCCUGCAUGGUUGGCGACCGGGCCAACACUGAUAUCCGCUUCGGAAGGGAGGGUAAGCUUGGUGGCACGCUUGGAGUCUUGACUGGUGUCAGCUCCAAGGAGGACUUUGUGUCUGGUUCCGUGCGGCCGCAUGCGUAUCUGGACAAGCUCUCUGAUCUGCUGGGCUCGGAGCUGUAG